AACAGCCAACCGUUGAGAUGUGUUCUUCAAUUUUCCCGCGUCCCUUUCUUCCUCCCCUCACCGAAUACAUUGCUUCAGAACAGAGGAAUUAAUAUAGAAGGAAAACGGAAGAAAGAAGAAGGAAUGGGAAGAUCUGAGAGUGAUACAAGUCUUUUAUUUUUGCUGUCCGCCUAUCUUCGCCAACAAACCAGUUGGUGAGCGAUCAAACAAUGGACGCUCCGGUCUUCUUCUCCAUAAAGACCAACGAGUCACCUCCUGCUUCCUUCGCUCAAGCUGGUAUUUUGGCGACGUGGGUUGCUGGGGAUGGAGCUGAACCGAACCGAGCUGCGUUGUGUUCUUUCCAUCACCGUCGUCCUGCUGUUGUCGUCUCAUGCAGUGGCUUAUGAUCCAUUGGACCCGACCGGAAACAUCACGAUUAAGUGGGACGUUAUGUCAUGGACGGCUGAUGGAUAUGUGGCGGUGGUGACGAUGAACAACUUCCAAAUGUACCGGCAAAUAAUGAGCCCGGGGUGGACCAUGGGGUGGACGUGGGCGAAGAAGGAGGUGAUCUGGUCCAUGGUGGGCGCUCAGGCCACCGAGCAAGGAGACUGCUCCAAGUUCAAGGGCAACAUCCCCCACUGCUGCAAGAGGACGCCCGCCGUCGUCGACUUGCUCCCCGGCGUCCCUUACAACCAGCAGAUAGCCAACUGCUGCAAGGGAGGCGUCGUCGCGUCCUACGGCCAGGAUCCGGCCGCCGCGGUCUCCGCCUUCCAGGUGAGCGUCGGCCUCUCCGGCACCUCCAACAAGACGGUGAAGCUGCCCAAUAACUUCACCUUGCUCGGCCCUGGUCUCGGCUACACCUGCGGACCUGCGAAGGUGGUGCCCUCCACGACCUUUCUCUCGGCCGACAAGCGUCGAAAGACGCAAGCUCUCAUGACCUGGAAUGUUACCUGCACCUACUCACAGUUUCUGGCCUCCAAGCACCCAUCCUGCUGCGUCUCCUUCUCGUCCUUCUACAACGACACCAUUAUCCCUUGCCCCUCCUGCGCCUGCGGCUGCGAGAACAAGAACUGCGUCAAGUACGUACAUACUCCUCCCCACCCCGUCUUCAAAUCCCCGAUCCCCAAUCUCUCAUCCAUCCUUCCACCCACUCGACCCUGGCACAGGAGCGACUCCAAGAUACUGAGCACGCCGGGGAUCAACACGCCCAAGAAGGACAACACGCCCUUGCUGCAGUGCACCCACCACAUGUGCCCCGUCCGCGUCCACUGGCACGUCAAGCUCAACUACAAGGAUUACUGGCGCGCCAAGGUCGCCAUCACCAACUUCAACUACCGCUUGAACUACACCCAGUGGACGCUCGUGGUUCAGCACCCCAACCUCGACAACGUCACCGAGGUCUUCAGCUUCGAGUACAAGCCCCUCGUCGCCUACGGCUCCAUCAAUGACACGGGCAUGUUCUACGGGAUGAAGUACUACAAUGAUGUGCUCAUGGAGGCCGGCGCGUAUGGCAACGUGCAGUCCGAGGUGCUGCUCCGGAAGGACGCCGACGCCUUCACGUUCAAGCAAGGAUGGGCGUUCCCUCGGAAGGUCUACUUUAAUGGCGACGAGUGCAUGCUGCCGCCGCCGGAUGUGUACCCCUACCUGCCCAACUCUUCCCCUGUCAGCGCUCGGGUCAUCCUGCACAACCUCGCGGCGCCCCUGCUCGCCCUGCUACUGCUACAGAUGGCGGCGCCAUGGUAGACUUGGAGAAGCUCUCAUCGAUCGAUGACUCCAAAGUUUUGGGCAGUGUAUGUAGAUGUGCUCGAUGUUUUGCUAGUUGUGAGGACCUCAGCAGGAUCAUGUCAAAUUAAUGGCCAAUUCAAUACAAAGAUCUACUGACCUUGUUUGUUGAAGA